CAGAUUUAACGCGCGAGCCUCGGAGAAACGAAAGUACAGAGCGGUAGUGCUACUCCUCGCCUGCGCUCUGCUGGAGGAGAAGGGCGACGGGGCUUCUUCCCGGGGGAAGAACACCUGCUUCUGCUGCUUCGGUGAGUAUUAGGUUAUAACAUGGCUGACAACCAUAUUGACCCACGUGCAUGCAUGCAAAAACUUAAUGAAUAUUGUCAGAAGAACCUUUUUAAAUUGGAGUACAAAGACAUUGCUAUCACAGGCCCAUCUCAUGAUCGUGUAUUCACUAUAGCAGUUGCCAUUGGCAAGGACCAAUAUGAAUCUGCCAUUGGUAAAACCAAGAAAGCAGCAAAAGCUCUGGCAGCUGUAUUAGCCUGGAAUACCAUACAAGAGCAAAAAAAGGGAGAACUGGAUUCAUGUGAACAGGACAAGGAGUCAACGUUAUCUCCGCUUUCUCUAAGUGUUUCUGAAAGUACAUCUUCAAAUUCAAUUAACUAUGUUUCCUUGCUUAAUGAGUAUGCAUUAAAGAACAAAGUGCAUGUUCAGUAUAACUUGAUAUCUAAAACUGGAUUGGAACAUAAACCAGUCUUUUCUUAUGAGUGUCGGAUUGGUGAUAUGGUAUUUGAUGUUGGAAAAGGAAACAAAGUUCAAGUAGCCAAACUUGAAGCAGCCAAACUAGCAUAUGAAAAGUUGACUAGCUCAUCAACUUUCAGAGCAGAAGAACGUGCUAACUCCAUCAGUGAUUCCUCAGAUACAACAUUUAGUAGUAGUCAAGGACUAUCGAGUGAAGCAUCUGGGAGCAAUACAGAUUUGGAUUCAGAACAGAAGAAGACAUUUGACACAUUUACCAAUGGCAUUCAGCUAAAUGAAACUUCAUCUUCUCAGAACCCUGUCAGUCCACCCAGUCAGUCUAUGAAACCUAAAAGAAAAGAAACACCCUUGGCUGCAAGAUUUUCAAAUCGGUGUACAAGAACAAGUAAAUUCACCAAAAAUGACAGAUUUCUUGAAGACUUUGAUGAUAUAGAGGAAAUUGGUUUGGGUGGAUUUGGAAACGUUUUCAAGGCAAAGAAUACCAUUGAUGGUAGAUUAUGUGCUAUCAAACGCAUCCUACUUUCAGGCAAAAAAGAAAAAGGAGAAAAAGAAAAAAGAGAAGUAAAAGCAUUGGCAAAAUUGGAUCAUGCGCACAUUGUUCGAUAUUAUGCUUGUUGGAGUGGACAAGACAUUUUCCAGUUUCCUGAUAUCAGUGGGGUCAGCUCAGAGCAAUAUGACUGCCUCUUCAUUCAUAUGGAAUUAUGUGAAAAAGGAAAUCUAUCGGAUUGGCUAGAUAAAAAAAUGGGAAAUUCUUGUAAAGAUGUUUCUAUAAUUCUAUUUCAGCAAAUAGUGGAAGGAGUGGAUUAUAUCCAUUCUAUGGAUUUAAUUCAUAGAGAUCUCAAGCCUCUAAAUGUAUUUUUUCAUGGUGAAAAUCACAUAAAAAUAGGUGAUUUUGGGUUGGUAACAGGUGUAGAUGAUGGACAACGGACAACAAACACGGGAACAAUGAAUUACAUGGCACCUGAACAGGAAGGAAGCGAUUAUGGCAAGAAAGUAGAUAUCUUUCCAUUAGGAUUAAUUUUGUAUGAAAUGCUUUCCCCAUUUUCCACUCAUAAUGAGAAAUAUAAGGAAUGGCCCAACAUUAAAGAAGGCAAAUUUCCGAAAACAUUCACCAAUAAGUUUACAGAAGAGACUUCUUUAAUUAAAAAACUGCUUUCCAAAGAGCCAACUCAAAGACCAUCAGCAGCUGAUAUUUUGAAAAUCCUAAAAGGCCAGCAUCAUAACCCACACACUUGUUAGUGAAUUUGUCAAAGCACAGGUUUUUGGUUAAUGUUUCUUUUGCUUUUCCUGAUGCCUGAACUCAGUGUGAAUAGAGAUUGCGAGACUCAUUUAAGUGUGAAGGAUUGGGUUUGCUCCUUAUACCUUGCUAUAAUAUUUGGGAUCUCCUGAAAAGUCAAAGAAUGCAAAGAACUUCAGUGAAAUGGGAAGAUCUAAUGGAAAUGAAAAGAGUGCCUUUUAUGAACUUUGCAAGAACUUUGCGAGAUCUUAUCCUGUGUGCAAACACAUAAUGACAAUUUGAUAUAUCUGGAUUUUUUUUCCCAAAGAGUUUUAAUGUGCCAUUCCAAUACUGUUGUUAUUAAGUUUAAUAUUGACUAGGGAAGUUAAUACUAUUCUUCUAACUCGUGGAACUACUUGUAAUCAAGUGUUGCUAUUUUUUGCUUUGUGAAAAAUAGUACUAUGACUAAUCUGCAGCUUUAUGACUGAGUAUUUACUUUCAGAUUUUUUGAAUCUUUGCAAAUAAAUGCUAUUGGAGCUUCAUGUAGAUACUACAGUACUGAUUUAUAAAAAGGUUAUAGAUGAUAUGGUUUGGUUUCUUUUGCAGAACCAUAAAUCAACCUUUUAACUUGCAAU